AUGGCUGCGGCGGAUGCGCCGGCUGGCUUGAUGGACAUUGCCACCGCCCUGACCCCGGCCGAGAUUCCUUUCAAGCUGCGAUGCGCCAUCUGCAGCAACCUCGCCCUGAACGCUUUCCGUCUGCCGUGCUGCGACCAGUCCAUCUGCGAAAGCUGCCAAUCGUCCCUCCACGAUACCUGUCCCGUCUGCGCACAUACGCCAGUCUCUGCGGACCUCUGCAAGCCCAACAAAGCUCUGCGGACCACCCUCAAGGCCUUCCUACGCACCGAGGAGAAGAAGAGGGAAAAGGAUCGCCAGGCCACGGUCCCGCCGACGCCCGACACACCGGCAGACAGCGUCGCAGCUCCGCAAGAGACACCCACAGAGACGACAGUGACGGACCCAGCCCCGGUCUCAAAGUCUCCGGAUGCGACUCAGCCGGGAGAGUCAAAAUCAGAAGACACUUCGGCCGAUGUGCCGCCGGCUGGCACGACAACCGAGAUCGAGCCAAAGACCGAGCCAGAGCCUGCGGACCAGCUCGAACCGGCAGCUGACCAGCAGGCUACUUCUGUCCAAAAUGCCGAUACGGCCAAUUCCGCUGAAUCGAACAAUCUUCCCGCUGAGGCAGAUGCGCCAAUCCCCCAAGAUGAAUCCGCCUUGGCCGGCCCGCCAAGCUUCCCACAGCAACAAAAUCUCCAGUUCAUGCCCCAAAACAUGGUCUCCGGAGGCUUCCCCGGCAUGGGCUGGAACGGGGGCGCCAAUUUUGGUGCAAUGAACCCAUAUAUGGCCAACGGCAUGUUCAGCUUCCCCAACGCGAUGGGUACGUUCUCCCUAGACAUCCCUGUCCGCCGCCAAUCCACUGACUCUCUUUCUUCAGGAAUGCCGAUGGCGAUGGACCCGAUGGCCGCAAAUCAGGGGAUGUUCGGUGACUACGAAAUGAACAUGACGGGCAUGAUGAACAUGGGGGUGAACUACAACGGGCAGGGCAUGUAUGGAUCCUUAGGAUGGGAUGGCUCCCAGCAAAACAACAUGUGGCACGGAGGCCAAGAUAAAUUUAAUCCAAAUGCUUUCGCAAAUGGCACGGGCUCUCCCUACGGAGCUGCAUUUGCCGGAUCUAAUAUGUCUCCUUACCCUUCUAACCCGGACUUCCAGGCGGGCUAUCAUGGGCAUGGUCGUGGUGGGUUUCGAGGCCGGGGCAGAGGCCACUUUGCUGGUGCCGGACGAGGUGGUUUUGGGGGAUCGGGCCCCUUUAUACAAGGUGCCCACUCACCAGGGUUCCCCAACCAGUCUUCCCCGAACGGUACCGCUCCAAGCGGGAACGAUGGGCCCCAUGCUGGCCCGGUAUCUGGUGAAAAUGCUACCGCCGAGGGCGCCGAGGAUGGCCAGGAAGGAGCUGCAGCAGCAGAGGGUCCGCCGGACAAUCACACUGACCAACAGCUCCAGGGGAUUCCCACUAUUGACAGCUUCGAUCAGCCAGUUCCAAUGAACCCCGGUCCGUCUGCCAACCGUAUGGGAUCUGGAUACGGGCGAGGGGGAUACAUGCGCGGACCUAGCCGCGGUGGGUUUAACGGUGGUCCGAUGUCUGGACCCUAUCAGCCCACUAAUACGCCCACGGAGCCUCGUGGUGUCGGAGUGGAAGGUGCCCCGGCUGCACCGCGAGCAAUGCGACAAGGUCUCCCCAAUACCAGCGUAUUCCGACAGCGCGGCUUCCAAGUCCAGGGCCUGGCCGGUAGUCACUCGCGCGGACAGUCACAAGGGGCAAACUCGGAGGCUCUUCGCGACGACGUCCAGUCGCAAUCCCCAGCCAACACCCCAUCCAAACCCGUGGGAUCCCGGUCUCAAUCACCAUCACAGAGCCAGGUCCUUCGCUCUCCUUCUCCCAGUGUGCACGACCAAGAUAGCAGACGUGAAAGAAACCCCGAGCGUAGCGGCCGGACUGAUCAAGAUCGGCCCUCCCGAUCCAGAUCCCCUAAACCUUCCCGCCGGUCCUCCAAGCGAGGACACCACGAAAGUGACGGAGACGGAAAAAGCAGUCGUCGCCACCACUCGCGUCGUCAUCGCAGCCGUACCGGCAGUCGCAGCCGCAGUCCGAGCCGCAAUGGAGACAGUCACCAUGCAGACCGUCUAUCCCAAAUCGCAGAAGAGCCAAAAACCAAUGGACGCAGCAAACCAUCUUCAGAAAAGGGCGGGCGUGAUCUCGCCAGUCGGAUCAGCACUGGCAUGCGAUCCCGUCACCGUGAGGAAGAGCGCGAGAGUGGUCGGGAUCGAGAACGUCGUCGUCGGGACCGAAACCGCGAUCGGGAUCGUGAUGCCGAAGGCGAGCGUCGUCGGGACCGUGAACGUGAGAAAGACCGUGUGCGGGAGUCUGAUCGAGAACGCCCCCGCGAGCGGGACCGUAAGAGAUCCCGUCGUGAUCGAUCUGAAUCGGCCAACGCAGAUGCCCACCUUUCUCGAGAACAUGCCCGCCGCACCAAGCGCAGCCGCACCGACGAUGGCCAAGCUCAAGACCGUCUGAACGGUUCAGCCGAACCGGAAAAGGACCCGCACACAAUUGAGCGCGAGGCGCGCAAUCGCGAGCGUCUUCUGCGUGAGCAGCAGCGACGUGAAUUGGCCAAAUCGGGCCGUCGAGACAGCCGGCCGGACCGCGUGCUGGGCGGCCGUCGCAUCAACUACAAAUAUGAAGAUGAGCUUGAUCACUAG